UGAAAUUAAACAGCAUUCAACACAGGCCUAUUCUUACGACAUGUAACUUCACUGUUUUCCGUUUUUGUUGAAAGACUUAUUAACAGUUAGAAGUUGAUGGCAGUUUCAAUAGCAAGUCAUCGCUGAGACAAGGAUAACCUUGUAAUAUGCAGAAAUCUACAAAUUCUGAUACCUCUGUGGAAACACUGAGUUCCUCCCACCAAGGUACCGGAGCUGUGCAAAUGAGAAUCAAAAACGCCAACAGCCACCAUGACAGGCUGAGCCAAAGUAAAUCCAUGAUCCUCACCGAUGCUGGGAAGGUCACUGAACCUAUAUCCCGACACAGACGAAAUCAUUCACAGCAUGUCUUGAAAGAUGUCAUCCCUCCACUGGAACAAUUGAUGCUUGAGAAAAAAGGUUAUCUUCAAAAAGCUAAAAUUGCAGAUGGAGGAAAGAAAUUAAGGAAAAACUGGUCUACUUCCUGGGUCGUACUGUCAAGUCAAAAAAUUGAAUUUUACAAAGAAUGCAAACAACAGGCUCUGUCCAAUGUGAAAACAGGGCACAAGCCAGAAAGUGUGGAUUUAUGUGGAGCACAUAUUGAAUGGACCAAGGAAAAAUCAAGUAGAAAGAAUGUCUUUCAGAUCACAACAUUAUCGGGAAAUGAAUUCCUUCUUCAGUCAGAUAUUGACUUCAUCAUAUUGGAUUGGUUCCAUGCUAUCAAAAAUGCAAUUGACAGAUUGCCAAAGAAUCCAAGUUCUCCGUCAAGAAACCUGGAAUUAUUCAAAAUUCAGAGAUCCUGCAGUACUGAAUUGCUAAGUCACCACGAUUGUGACAUAAAAGAACAGAAACCAGAGCACAGAAAAUCCUUAAUGUUCCGACUGCAUCACAGUGCUUCUGAUACAAGCGACAAAAACCGAGUUAAAAGCAGAUUAAAGAAGUUUAUUACUCGAAGACCUUCCCUGAAAACUCUUCAAGAAAAAGGACUUAUUAAAGAUCAAAUUUUUGGCUCUCAUCUGCACACAGUGUGUGAACGUGAAAAUUCCACAGUUCCGUGGUUCGUAAAGCAAUGCAUUGAAGCUGUCGAAAAAAGAGGUCUAGAUGUUGAUGGAAUUUAUCGGGUUAGUGGCAAUCUGGCAACAAUACAGAAGUUGAGAUUUAUUGUCAACCAAGAAGAGAAGCUGAAUUUGGACGACAGCCAGUGGGAGGACAUCCACGUUGUCACCGGAGCACUGAAGAUGUUUUUCCGGGAGCUGCCUGAGCCGCUCUUCCCUUACAGUUUCUUUGAGCGCUUUGUGGAGGCGAUCAAAAAGCAAGACAACAACACAAGAGUUGAAACUGUGAAGUCUCUUGUACAAAAACUCCCUGCACCAAAUCGUGACACCAUGAAAGUCCUCUUCGGGCAUCUAACUAACAUUCACAUUUGAAGAUGUAUCACUGUAGAUGAGGCUAAGAAGUGUUACUUGCCAGCUACCAACCUUUCUUGGAUGGUGUGACCAUAUUCCGCCCUGCAUCAAUUUAUAAACUGGAUUUAAUUAUGCACAAGUGUGUGCACACGAUUAUAUCUUGUUAAGCAUUUUUUUUGCUAAGUUUUUGAUAAACAGCCAAUCGUGGCAUGUCAUCAAAGCCUCAGAAGACUAAAUAAGAAGAUUGUUUAACUAGAAUUUAAAUAUAUUCAUGUUUGAAAGAAUCAUUAGAAUGUUUUCCUUAGUCUUGAUGCAUUUGGUAGUUCUUCAGAAAAUCCACCGUCAACACUUGUAUGGAGUGUUUAUUCCAAAUUGUUGCAAAUAUAUAUAUAUUUUCAAGUUUGUUUAGUGAGGGUCAGGGAACAUAAUGAAGUGCCAAAAAUUCCACUUGACCUACGUACUCUGCAGUCAACAGAACAGAUCACCAUUUUUGCAGAACUUUGAAUUAAACUUUCUUCUCAAAGCAGAACAGCUACCAACUGAGAAAGCUUAAUAUGGCACAGUUGGACUAGAAAGAAGGUGGAUGUAAAUCCUGUCCACAAAAGCCAGAAUAUUUAAAGCGUUGUGAUUAUAUUCAGCAUAAAAUUACACAAUGCCUGCAUAGGUUGUAUAGUUUCAAAGUCUAAAGAUGUUUAAUCAUACUCAAGUUCAAGUGCUCCUGUUAUCAUAGCUUGAGACCAGGGAUUCUGAAUAAGCUAUCACCUCAAAAUACCAUCAAUCACCAAUAUUGAUUAACGGCCGCUUUCAAAAACUGGCAUUAUAGUUAAAGACCCCAGAAGAUCCUGUGGUACCUUCUGGAUUGUGAUAUAAAUAACAAGUUCUAGCUCUAUAAAAUAUAAAUCAACUGCAUUUUCCUGUUUUUCUACUUCUGGCAGAAAUAAAGAUGAUGCCAAUCAACAGGAGACCUAAAAAGACAGUUUACUUGCUGAUGAGUAGUAGUUGGAGUUUGAGAGCCAAAGAAUUAAGAAGCAGAGAACCACUAAAAGAUUACAUGCCAGACAAUUGCAUGAGAUGCUUAUUGUUUAUGAAAGUCAUCUGAAAACUGUGCUGGGUGAAAGAGAUAAAAGGAGAAAAGAAACCCAUAGGUCUCAAGGGGAUUGUAGUUGGAUUGUAGUGAUGGACAUCAAUUGGAAAUAAGUGCUCCAAAUCUUGGGAUUUUUUUCAAAAGAAAGUACUCAAAACUUUUUUUUCCCUCACAUUUCUUUAUCCCCUCUAUCCAGUUGUCCUCAGAGAUAAGUCUGAGGUUUCAGUGCUGGGUAAUUCUGAAAAUAGUCCCCAUGACAACAGUUUUUUCAAAAGUAAAAGAAAGUAUUGUUUAGAAUGGUACCCUUAUCUCUGUUUUGCAAGUGUAGACAAGGGAAUGAGGAGGAUGGCCUUCUAAAAAACUAAUGAAAUGGGGUGAAUCCCAUUUUGGCACGUGUAUAUUGAAUCAAAUCCUUAAUAUGCAGUUGGUUGUGAUGUAGCAGCCAGCAUAUUGAGAAAAAAAUAUCUGUAGCAUGUCCCAAGAAUGAAGACCUUUCAAAUCUUCAUACAUUUUAGCAUUUCAUGUACAUCAAUUUCACCAUUCUCUCCUAAGUAACAUAGAAGGAAAGAGUUUAUGAAGAUACAAACUGUUUGUGAUAGUUCUGUUGCCAUGGUUUAAACUCAGAAACAGCAUAUGUGUUCUGGAGCAGCGGCUGGGUUAUAUAGAACAUGUACAUGAUGUUUACUUAGUGAAAUGGGGUUCAUGGCUUUGUUUUUAAUUUGAGCGAAGUGGUAAAUGAAAUCAGGGAUACAUAUUUUACAUAUUCAGAAAGAGUAUAAUUAUAAAUAUGUGAAAAUUGUACAUACAGAAAAGACUGCAAAAUAUUUGCUAAAAUGUUAGUACUUCUUUGAGUUAUUGAAUUGUAAAAGUUUUUCAUAUGUUUCAUUUUAUACCCUAACAAUGGUAUGGAAAGAGACACUGAGGGUGAGGCAACAAGAAAGGUCUAGCUUGGGAGUAGGACCAACCUGAAUGUGGGUCUUAGCUCGGCCACUUCCUGGGAGUAUACGUAACCUUGGCCAAGUCACUCAAACCUAAGCUUCCACUUUUUUCAUCAGUAAAAUGGAGAUCGCAAUAGAACUUAUUUCUGUGGUGAAGAGUGUAUGAAUAAUACCUUUAAAAAGUCAUGCACAUUACCAGCCGGCGCCGCGGCUCACUAGGUAAUCCUACGCCUUGCGGCGCCGGCAUACCAGGUUCUAGUCCCGGUCGGGGCGCCGGAUUCUGUCCCUGUUGCCCCUCUUCCAGGCCAGCUCUCUGCUGUGGCCAGGGAGUGCAGUGGAGGAUGGCCCAAGUGCUUGGGCCCUGCACCCAUGGGAGACCAGGAUAAGUACCUGGCUCCUGCAUCGGAUCAGCACGGUGCGCCGGCCGCGGUGGCCAUUGGAGGGUGAACCAACGGCAAAGGAAGACCUUUCUCUCUGUCUCUUUCUCUCACUGUCCACUCUGCCUGUCAAAAAAAAAAAAGUUAAAAAAAAGUCAUGCACAUUACCUAGCAAAUAUUAGGUAGCAAAUACAUUUUGUAUGUAUAAGUAUAGGAAGAAUUGCUGUGGCAGUGUGGAAUGAAAUUACUGUCAGACUUCCUGGAUUCUGGAAAAUUCUACACCCAUCUCAGAAUCUUUUUUCCAAAACAUGAGUUUCCUUAUUGGCCUAUCUCAAUCGGUUCUCCAGAGUUCCGGUGAAGCUGUUUUCACAUGAUUAACAAGCCACAUGACUCCCCUGUCCUCAUGCCCAGUCCCAACUCUAUUCUCUCUGCAUUCCCCGGGCAUCCUGGCCAGCAUCUUGUAUCAUGUUCUCAGUUUCAAUCCUUUUCACCUUCCAGGCAAUAAUUUGCGAUAGGAUCUAAUCUGUCUCAUUUGGGGACAGAUGUGAAGAUUAGAAACAGGAACAGAUCUUCCAGUGCUUCUCAUCAACAGCCUCCCCUGACGGUUUCCUAGGGACAAUUCUCUUGCCUUGGUGUCUAACAUGCAAUGAUUCUCGCAGUGAGAACACAGCACCGACUUUCUGAAAGCCUGGUGACGCAUUUUGAAGCUGGUAGGACCUUUCCCUAUGCCUCAGUUUCCAGUGUAAACAUUACCAGAAUCUCAUCACCUACAUCUCCAACGGGCCUGGCACUGAAACUCCUGUUGCCACUACUGUUAGUAAUGUGUUCUAGCUGUUGACGUCGUUUUCCACAUUUUUAUUUCCAAGAUAAAAAUAAUACAUGGUAAUUACCAAAAAUUCAUAAAAUAAACACUAAAGCAUUUCCACAGAGCUAAAUUGAACUAGUUAGCCAGGUUUACUCUGUGGCAUGCAUUUUGGAAGCCAAAACAAUCUCAAUUUUUUUAAAGGAAGGAGAACAUAAAAGGUCUCCUGCCUGCCCAUGGGUCAUUCAGAGAAAGUCAAAAUGUGUUAGGAAGGAGUUGGUUUUAAAGAUGACUUACGAAGUCAUGCCAUUCAUUGAUUUUUGAAAACAGCCUUGGAAAAGAAUAUAUUGGUUGCAGAUUUUCGAUGCAAAUAAACAAGCUCGUAGGAGACUUACACGUUGUAAAAUAGGUUGAAAGGAGAGCUAAAAAUCUUGCCAUUUGCAUUGACUCUAAGAAAAUCGUCCAGCUGUUCAUGGAAUUCCAAGGUGAAAAAAUGAUAUGGCUGAGUAGACAAAUCUCAUGGAAGCACGCCAGUUGAAUGCUGAAUUGAAAUGAGAAACUGUUGACUGUGGCUAUUUUGUGAGAGUAAACCGAUAUUUAAAGCUUCUCUGUGGUCUUCAUGGACAUUAAAUAAAAUAUUCUACAAAAGCAUGUCAGAGGCAACUUAAACGAUGAUAACCUGGAAACAUAACGGUUGCAUGAGGAAACAAUGGUGAGGAACUAUUUCAUCUAUUCUGUAAAACACACUGUGGGCAUUUCUGAUAUUUUGUGGAAAAAAACUUAGAUAUGGUUGAAGAACAGACUUCACAGCCCACAAGACUCACCCUUCUUUCUGGUCAUCAAGAGCAAUGGCUCGUGGCCGGUGCUGUGGUGCAGCAGGUUAAAGCCCUGGCCUGCAGCACCAGCAUCCCAAUGUGGGCACCAGUUCAAGUCUCAGUUGCUCCACUUCCUAUCCAGCUGCCUGCUAAUGUACCUGGAAAAGCAGUGGAAGAUGACCCAAGUCCUGAAGAAGCUCCUGGCUCCUGGCUUCAGAUAGGCCCAGCCCUGGCCAUUGUGGCCAUUUGGGGAGCAAACCAGCAGAUGGAAGGCCUCUUUUUCUUUUCUCUACCUCUCUCUGUAACUCUGUCUUUCAAAUAAAUAAAAAUGAAUCUUUUAAAAAAAAAGCAAAGACUGGUGAGGCUCUUUGCCUCCCAUGCAGACCUCUGAAUGCGCAGGUCUGGUGUGCUUUGGAGCAGGGUAUGUUUUUCUGUGCUGUCUUCUGGCACUGCCCCCUUCAACCACAAUACCUGAUAUCCAACGACUUGCAGGCCAUGGGUAUUUUUACUGGAAAAUGAGGAACCUGUACAAAUUGUUAUUUUCUUUUUCUCUCUCUUUUCUUUUCCAUGGUUCCCCCAACCCCAGAGGGACAGGGGUUGCAAGUUGUUUAAAAUAAGCUAGAAGCUUAAUAGCUCCUUUGCUUAUAUAUUUGAAGUAUUUGAAAUGGCACCCUAAUCAUUUUGAAGAGCUAAUGUACUUCCUAUGGGCCUAAAAUUCCUCAACUGGACUCCUGUGGCAGAAUUUGGCCUGGUAGUUAAGAAAAUUAAUUACUCUGAUCACGAGGGUGAAGCAAUAGUUCCCAGCUCCCUGUAGUAAUCAUUAAAAUGUCAUCUACUUAGGAGACAUCUUGGCACGGAAUUUAUAAGGUUUGUGAGCUGGGGACUAAGGUUCAUUGAACCUUCCAGUAGUGAAUCCUUGUUUUAGGGGAAGGCUUUAGGAGAUAAGAUUUUUAAGACUGGAGUGAAACUAUUACUUUAGAUUUAACAUUUGAAUAGUAAUAUUUACCACUGAAUAAUAAGAAACAAAACCAACCUUAGAGUCACUGCUAUCUUAUCUUUCCUGGUUAGUGAAGGUGCAUGUUAUGGGGUAAUUCCUAAUAAGAGGUAGAUAUUUUUUAAGUUUCCCCAGCUUUUUCUACUGUGAAUCUUGGCCUUUUACCUAAUGGAAAGAACUGAGGAUUUGGAAGGAGAAGACAUAGGCUCAAGUCCCAACCUCAGACCUUAAAAAUUGUACAAUGUUCAGAAAAAAUUUUUAAUGUCUCUAACCCUUGCUUUUGCUCAUUUGUGAAAUAUAGGUCAAAUAAAUUCACAUUUGUGAAAAUGUUUGUUAACUAUAAAAUCCUACCCACUAAUUCCUUCAGGAAGUUUUAAAUGAGUGCUUGCUGUGUUCCAGGCCUGAAUGAAAUCAGGGAUUGUCAGACUGUGUCCAUGGGCCACAUCUAGACUGCCUAUUUUUGUCAAUAAAGCUGUAUUGGAAUACACACAUAUAUUUGUUUAUAUAUUGCCUAUGGCUGUUUUCACACUGCAAUGGCAAGAGUUGAGUACUCACAAGUUACACAAAGCCAAAAAUAUUCACUCAGCCCUUUCAAAAAAAAAAAAAAAAAAAACUCCUACAGAAAGGCCAUUGUGGUACAGUGGGUUAAGCCAUGGCUCAGAACACCUGCAUCUCAUAUUGAAGUAUAAGUUCCAGCUGCUCUGAUUCCUACCCAGCUUCCUGCUAAUGCAUCCUGGGAACAGCAGCUCAUGGCUUAAAUGUCUGGGCCCCUGCCACCCAUAUGGGUGACCAGGAUGGAGUUCUUGGCUCCUGGAUUUGGUCUGGCCCAGUCCUGGUUGUUGUGGUCAUUUGAAAAGUAAAUCCACAGAGAAUUUCUCUGUGUGUGUGUGUGGGGGGGAUACUCUACCUUUCAAAUAAAAUGAAUAAAUAGACAUUAAAAAUAAGAAGAAAAGAGAAAAAGUUGCUGACCUUUCAACUCAAUACUGGAGGCAUGAAGAAGAGUCCUGCCUUCACAUAUCUUACCAUCUUCUCAGGUAGUUAAAUUAGUAAGCAGUUACAAUCAAUGUGAUGUGACACAAGAGUCUGUGAGACCACCAAGUGAAGCAGGAACAGAAAUUUGGCAGAACAUGAGCCUGGAAUGUGUAAACAACUUAAAUUGUGAAGAGUAUCAUAUGCUUUCUAAGGCAUUUAAAUUUCUUUUGGUAGACAUGCAGAAAACCCCUGAAAGGUCUGGAGGAAGGAGCUAAGGUGAUGAGAUUUGUACUUCUAAAGAUCACAGUUGUGAUAAGAGUAAAGGUAAUUUUUAGGAGGGCAACACUAGAGGUCAAGAAGACUGUUUCUUAAGAGGGCUAGUAUCCUAGUCCAAGCUAGAAAUCCCAAAGUAAGGGAUAGUAGGAAGAAUGAGGCACAGGGGUGGAGACCAGAGACACCAAGGAGACGGAUUCAACAGGACAUGCUCAUUGAAUGCAGACAGGAGUCUAGAAAGAGGGAGGAGUCCAAGAUGGUAGCCAGGCUUUGAAGUGCUAGCAUGUGCAUGAUGGCAUCCUUAGCUCACAGACUGGAAAAGGACCCAACUGGAGGCUGAAACUUGCGGGACAUGAUGUGAUUUAGUCUCUGUUGACAUUCUGUUAGCAUAGUCCAACAGAUGAUAAGAAACACUGCUGAAAAUGUAAGAAAGGUGAUUGAGAUCUUGGUAUAAACUUGAAAGUUGUCAGCUUAAGAUCUCAGUAUAAACUUGAAAGUUGUCAUUUUAAGGAUAGCAGGGGAGUAAGAUAAUAAAUGAGACAAUGUGAAAAGAGUUGAGAACAGACUUCCAAGAUCUUCUGACAUGGACAAGGUUGUCCGAGGAAGAGACAUCAGGAAUGGCAUCUGGCAACAGCUUUCAGGUGAAUAAAGAGAAAAUUUGUCAAGAGCAGAUUAUAUUUUGUGAUGAAAAUCAAUAAUUAAGGGGCUGGCAUUGUAAUGCCAGAAUUUCUUAUCAGAGUGCAUUUGAGUGCUGGCUACUCUGCUUCUGACCUAACUUCCUGCUAAUGCUCCUUGGAAGGCAGCAGAUGAUGGCCCAAGUAACUCGGACCCCUACCACUCAUGUGAGAGAUCAGGAUGAAAUUCUUGGCUGCUGCCUUCAGCCUGACCCAGUCCUGACUGUUGCAGGAAUUUGCAUUGAAUGAGCAGAUGGGACAUCUCUCUCUCUCUCUCUCUCCAUCUUACACUCCCUCUCCUCUCUCUCUAUUCGUCUGUAUUUCAAAUAAAUAAACAAAUCCUUUUUAAAAAUAAAAUUACUAGCUUCACAAAAAAGGUCUAGAAAAUCCAGCAGAAUUUCUAGCAAUGACCAGCUUCUGUUCUUUUUUUAUGUUGUAGAUUUAUUUAUUUAUUUAUUUGAAAGGUAGAGUGAGACAGAGAGAGGGGAGAAAGGGAGAGAUCUUUCAUCUGCUAGUUUACUCCCCAGAUGAUAACAAAAGCCAGAUGUGGGCUAGGCAGAAGCCAGGAGCCAGUAACACCAUUCUGGUCUCCCAUAUGAGUGGCAAGGGCCCAAAUACUUGGGCCAUCAUCCUCUGCCUUCCCAGGAGCAUUAGCAGAGAGCUGGAUCAAAAGUGGUGCUGGUGGGACUUGAACCGGUGUGCUGAUAUGGGAUGCAGGCAUCAAAUGGUGGCUUUAUUUGAUGUGCCAGAAUGGCAGCCCCGCCCAGCUACUGUUCUUUUAAGUUGAUUCAUCAUCUGGGAAAAGUCACAGAAAUAAAUAUAGUAAUCUCACAGGAAAAAAUAACAACUCUGUAAUAAAUCAGGACCUGAAAAUAUUAGUGAGAAUGGAAAUCAUAAAGAACUGAGCAGGCUCCUCCUGCCAUUAGAACAUUGGCUUGGCCGGUGCCGCGGCUCACUAGGCUAAUCCUCUGCCUACGGCGCCGGCACCCUGGGUUCUAGUCCUGGUCGGGGCGCCGGAUUCUGUCCCGGUUGCUCCUCUUCCAGUCCAGCUCUCUGCUGUGGCACGGGAGUGCAGUGGAGGAUGGCCUAAGUGCUUGGGCCCUGCACCUGCAUGGGAGACCAGGAGAAGCACCUGGUUCCUGCCUUGGGAUCAGCGCAGUGUGCCAGCCACAGCAUGCCGGCCGCAGCGGCCAUUGCAGGGUGAACCAACGGAAAAAGGAAGACCUUUCUCUCUCUCUCUCUCACUGUCCACUCUGCCUGUCAAAAAAAAAAAAAAAAAAAAGAACAUUGGCUCAAGGGGUGCAGGAAUUUGCAUGAAUUUUGAUUCAUGGUGUGCAUAUGCACAGAGCCCAUUCUAGUGUCCCACACAUGGAAGAUUCUCAGUUACUUUUUGUUGAAGAAGCGGAGUCACGUGACUUCAUUGAAAAAGGUGCAGAUAAUCUGAUAGCUAGUGAGUAGCUCCAGAUAAAGUCAACUUUUGAAGCCUGCAAUAUUUUUGCAGACUAAGUUCAAGAAGCACAGUGUUCUAUUUUGAGGGUAUACUUGGUAAGAAAACCAUUUCUCUCAAGUUUAUCUCUCCUUACAUGAUAUUUCUCUUUUCAUUAUGAUGAAGAGAAGAAUAGUACAAAGGUGAUUGUAGCAGUAGGAGAGCAUGUUGAAAAGACACAAAUCCAGUGAAGAAUAAGGACUCAAAGAGGGUGAUCAUACAGAGGAUACCUUCACAGGGAGCCUGUGGCCACCCCUCAGUGACUGCAGACUCAGCUCCCUUACUGCGAUACAAGGUGAUGCAGGCGGUUCCUCUGAUUUAUUAUUUGGGAUUAGUAAUGGUUGUUAGAAUAUAGAGAUUUCUUUUAACAUCUUUUGCCAUAACUCCUCCUAAACCGAAUAAUCUCUACCUUUCCUGCCUCCUUUUAGGUCAACCACAGCCUCCCUGGUCUGUCACUUGUGUCAGAUCCAAUAGCAACUUCAUACUAUCUUGAAAUACUUAGCAUCACAUAAAGCAAAGAGAGAGAGAGAGAGAUCACCUUUAUUAAAAAAAAAAAAAAAAAAAAAAAAAAAAACUUGCCCUCUCCUUUUAAGUAUAUGGAGAAACUUGGUUCCCAUGCUUUGUGAGCAGAGACAAGCAAACUUCAAAGUGGAAGAGGAAAAAAAAUCAACCAGACCUCAAGUCACCUGACUUCCAGUCCACUUGACCACACUCUACUCUCUUGCCAAUACUAAUACUCGAUUGUGUUUCCAGGGAUGAGGGAACAGUAAAACAAAGUGAGAAAGAGCAGCCAACUAUGAUAGAGCCAUGGGCCCAUCACACAAGUCCCUUGUUUUAAUUGCACACGAGGUAUAACACCAACCCUUUAAAUAAAAUUAUCUGAUUAAUCCUAACAUUAAUAAGCCCUUGUAUUUAUAUAAGGAGUUUUCUUGGUAUCUGUCUGCCUCCUCCUCUUCCUCCCUUCUUCCCUCCUUUUAAUAUAUUGCUUUCCAUCUAAAAAAGCACUUAGAGAAAGUUUCAUUUUUAGGGAUUCUUUUUAAAACCACGUUCUGUGUCAGCAUUCAUUAAUUCUUGAGGGUAUGUGUGUGCACAGACGCGUGCCUAUACGUACUUUCAGAAACAGCACAUUUUCUAAAGGCAGUGCCGGUACAGCCUUUGCCACCUUCUCUCUCCCCUUUAAAUGGAAAGCACUGAACCCAGAUGCCCAACCACAGAAGAUAUUCUUCCAGAAGCAGCAUCUGGCUUCCUGGCAAGCCCUCCAGGCGAGUCGUUUGGGGAGCGUUGCUGUUGUCUCUCACUCUGUCACGUGUAUCAGAUACCGUGGCCUCUCUGGCUGGCAUGUCCAGGCAGCUGCCAAUUCCUUUCGGUUCACCUUUAAUUCUGAGAAACCCGUCCCUUGUUUCCAUCUCUUACUGGACUUACUUUUCUCCCUACUGCUCAGAAUUCCAGGACAAGCCUAAUUCGUCACUGCCUUCUGCCUGUCGACUUCCUCUCCAGCCCUCUAUCUUUUAAACGCCAGUGAAAUUCGACCUUAACAUAGCUUGCUUUUAAUAAUGUUUCUUAGCCACUUUUUGUCCACCAAGCUCCUUGUCAACAGUAGGGUUGUUCCCUGAAAAG